AUUUUUCGUUACGACGCUGUUGAUCAUGCGGUACAGUUACCAAACAAGUGGAUACCACGUAUAGAUAUACAUGUGUAUCGAAAUGAUCAAAAACUGGUUAGAAGCGAAACUGAUCUUCAAAUUCAGUUGUGCGUUCAAAGUGUGAGGUGAUUAUUUCUAGUUGUUCAUUUAGACGGUACCGUGAUCAAAGCACACACAAAGGUGUUACUUGCUGUGAAAAAGCAAUGGGUCUCAUAACUCUGCACUGGUUCCUCGAUGUCAUCGUCGUAUUUCUUUCGAUGGUCGUGCUGGCCUACUUCUAUAUGACACGAAAUUUCAAUUACUGGCCGAAGAGAAAUGUAACAGAGGUCCCGCCAAAACCAUUUUUUGGAAAUUUCCUCGACUGCUGUCUCUUCCGACAAUCAGCUUCCGGAUGCCUCAACGCAGUUUACCAACAGGCGAAAGGUCUUCCGUACAUAGGAUUUUACAUCUUCGAUAAGCCGGCUUUGAUGUUGCGAGACCCUGAAAUCAAUAGACGGAUUUUGAUCAAGGAUUUCAGUUACUUUGUCGACAGAUAUGCAAAAUCAGCGGAAUCCGAUCCUAUAGGAUCCGCAAAUCUAUUCCUCUUGAAAAAUCCAGCAUGGAAGAGUCUGCGCCAUAAAAUUACGCCUAUCUUUACGUCUGGAAAAAUAAGGCGGAUGUUCCACCUGAUGUUGGCAGUAGGCGAAGAUCUCGACACUCAUUUAAGUGCUCUUCAAUUGGAAGGGAAUGGAAACAUCGUCGAAGCGAAAGAGAUUGCCGUCCGGUUCACGACGGACGUUAUCGCAUCCUGCGCCUUCGGCUUGCGAGCUAAUUGCUUGAACCAUCCAAAAGCAGAGUUCAGACAAUGCGGAAGAAGCAUGUUUGAGUUCACUUACAAACGCGGUGCUGAGUUUGCCGCCUUCUUUUUUAUUCCAAGGCUAGUCACUCCGCUGAAUUUGAAGUUCUUCUCAACGGGCUCCUCCGAUUUCAUGAGAAAGGUUUUCACGGAAACCUUCAAUACGCGAAUGACCAGCGAUGUUCGUAGAGAAGAUCUUAUCGACCUGCUCAUUCAGCUGAAACAGUCCGAUUCUGAAGAUUCCCAAGGUUUCAAACUCGAAGGAGACACGUUGGUUGGACAAGCGGCUGUCUUUUUUGCCGCGGGAUUUGAAACCUCAUCAAGCACCCUGUCUUUUGCCCUUUACGAGCUUGCUCUACACCCAGAUAUCCAAUCAAAACUUCGAGAAGAGAUAACAUCAGCUUUAGCGAAUAAUGGAGGGAAAAUAACCUACGAAAUGGUGCUGAGUCUUGAAUACCUUGACCAGGUCGUCUCUGAAACUCUGCGAAAAUAUCCAUCCGUCCCUUUUUUGGACAGAGUUGCAAACACGGACUACAAACUGCCAGAAUCCGGCCUGGUCAUUGAGCGGGGAACUCCGGUGUAUAUUUCUCUCCUUGGGCUUCACUACGACCCAGAAUAUUACCCCGAGCCUGAUAAGUUUGACCCAGAGCGAUUCACCGAAGCGAAUAAAGCGAAGCGUCCUGCCUUCACUUAUUUGCCCUUCGGCGACGGUCCCCGUAACUGCAUUGGUCUUCGGUUUGGGCAGCUCCAAGUGAAACUGGGAAUUCUCAAAUUUGUAUCGAACUAUGAGCUCUCUGCAUGCGAUGAAACGAUGAUCCCUCUACGCUUCAACCCAAAAUCUCUCCUCGCGGGACCGGACGGUGGUCUGUUUCUUCGUGCCCGUAAAAUUGAUUCUUAUUUGAUUUUCAAGAACAUGUUAUCGCCUCGGCCUGACCUUUGCUUAAAUCACAAAAUGGUUUUCUUUACGUCAUCUUGGAUCUUGAGUGCCGCGAUUCUCUUCUUCACCGCCCUCGUGUUGGCCUACUUUUACAUGACACGGAACUUCAACCACUGGAAAAAUAAAGGUGUGACGGAAGUAACGCCGAUCCCAUUUGUUGGAAAUUUUGGUCAAUGCCUUCUCUUCCGGCUAUCGGUAUUCGAGUACCUUGCGGAAAUCUACAAAUGGGGCCAGGGCCUGCCCUACGUGGGGUUCUACAUAUUCGACAAGCCAGCUCUGGUGCUCCGUGAUCCGGAGGUCAUCAAGAGCGUCUUACUCAAGGAUUUUCAGAACCUCCCGAACAGACAUGGGACUGCAUCCAGCAAAGACUUCACCGGAAAUAACAACUUGUUUCUCAUCAAGAAUCCUGACUGGAAGAACCUGCGCUACAAAUUGACAUCCGUGUUUUCUUCGGGAAAGAUGAAGGCGAUGUUCCCAUUGGUCAACGCUGUCGGGGACGAUUUGGCUACCUACUUCGAGCACCUCAAUCUGGAAGGAGAGGGUCAAGUGCUCGAGUUGAAGGAAAUCUGCGCCAAGUACACGACCGACGUUAUAGGCACCUGUGUUUACGGCUUGCAGGUCAACUCGUUGGCAAACCCGAAUGCUGAGUUUAGAAAAUACGGGAGAAGGAUGUUUGAUUUCACCUGGAAACGCGGCGCCGAACUGAUGGCCGUAUUCUUUAUUCCCGGGAUCACAAAUUUCUUCGGAUCCAUGCUCUUCGAGGGUGAGAGCUCGAAUUUCAUGAAGAAAGUCUUCUGGGAAACUUUGACGACCCGCAUGCAGACUGGCUUGAAGCGCAACGAUCUCAUAGACCUUCUCAUAGAGCUGAGGAAUAACCAAAAGGACGACGACUUGUUCCAAUUUACUGACGAAAACAUGGUCGCCCAGGCUGCAAUCUUUUUCGCAGCAGGAUUCGAAACCUCGUCGACACUGGUGUCUUUCACGCUGCACGAAUUGUCCCUGCAACCUGAGCUGCAAACCAAACUCCGUGAAGAGAUCCUGACAGCUCUGGAAGAAAGCGACGGAAAGCUGUCCUAUGACCUGGUGCAGAACCUUCCAUACCUGGCCAAGGUCGCCUGGGAAACUCUUCGAAAAUAUCCCUCGGUGCCGUUUUUGGACAGAGAGGCUAUUUGCGAUUACACAAUUCCAAAAACUGGCCUUUUAAUCAAGAAAGGAACUCCCGUCUACAUUCCAUUAGUAGGGCUUCACUAUGAUCCGGAAUAUUACUCUGAUCCCGUCAAGUACGAUCCGGAGAGAUUCAGUGAAGAAAACAAGAAAAAGCGACCUGCCUUUACGUAUUUGCCGUUCGGCGAAGGUCCUCGUAACUGCAUUGGUCUUAGAUUCGGACUAAUGCAAGCAAAGAUUGGUCUCAUCAAAAUCCUCUCAAAGUUCGAAGUCUCUCCGUGUAACAAGACCCUCAACCCCAUGCGCGUAGAUCCAAAAGCACUCACUUACUCGUCGGAUGGUGGCUUGUUCCAUCGAGUACGAAGAAUCACGACGACAGCCGGGUAAAAGAUAACUGCGAAUCCCAUUCGUUGCUCGUAUAAGCCUAGUAAUCUGCACGAUGCUUACGCCACGAAGUAGAAAGUCAAAUUCAAGAAUUAACCCACCUUAAGUGAAUGGUAGAUAGCGUCUCGAAUACAUUUGAUCACACAUGCGUAAAACAGUAUAGUACUUUUUAUGUUCAACGUCUAUACAAAGAA